UGGCUUGCAACAAUGAACAUAUCUUAUAUUUUUGACAAGGCAUAGAACAAAGCAUUAAACAUGAGCCUUUAUCGACUAACAAACCACGGAAUUUAUCUUAUAACAGUGGCAUUGCACUGCAUCACGCUCACUACAGGAUAUGGUUACUCUAAAUGUUAUCUGCCAUACAACAACAACAAAUAUGCUGACUGUGUAGGCCGAAGGGUUGUUGCCUUAACAUCAGAGAUUAGGAAUCUUCCAAAUGAAACACAAUGGUUAAACAUGUCACAAAAUGAAAUCAGGAUCAUAGAAGAUCAUGCAUUUUCUCAUUUGCCCAAUCUCCUGGAGAUCCAACUGAGUAAGAACAGAAUUCAUACUAUUCAACACAAGGCAUUCCAAAACUUAAAUAACCUUCAGCUCCUUGACCUUAGCCAAAACCUAAUCGAGUCUUUGGAUUCCCUGACAAAUCUCACAAGCCUCAGAAUUCUUUGCAUCAGUCACAACAAGAUCUUCACGAUACAAAGUGAGAUCCUGAGACCUUUACAAGCUUUAGAAGAACUUAAUCUGGCCUCUAAUUUAAUUUCAGAUUUUAGAAUGGUGGCAAAGGCACUCACAAAUUUGUACAUGGUUUCUAAACUGAACCUUUCCUCAAACACUAUAUCCAACCUGAGCAGUGAGCAACGUUUGAUAAAAUUACCGUCUCUACAAUACCUGAUCCUUUGCAAUAAUACAAUUUCUGUUUUGGAUCUCUCCUAUUACUUCAUGCCUAAUCUUAUAGAACUGAAUGUGUUGAGGAAUAACAUGUCUCGCAUAAAUGGGAGUUCUUUGCAAAAUGUACCCAACUUGUCUAAAAUUGUAUUUGAUGAAAACCCUUUAAACAUUUCCCAACUUUUGGGAAGCUGGCUUCCAAACCUGACAGAACUUCACUGGUCAAGUAUGAGACCUGCUCCACAGCAUGACCUGUCAGUCGCUUGUCAAGUUUUCCAAAGUUUACCAUUAUUGCGAUGGCUUGAGCUCAAGCAUUGCAAAAUCUCAAGCGCUAACUUAAAGGUCAUUGGACAAUGCACAAACCUUACUACACUUGUCCUGUCAACAAGUUCUUUCAUCAGGAUGGUAAACAAUAGUCUUCAGAGUUUUGAAUAUCUUCAGGUCCUUCACCUUGAUAGCUGUAAGGUAAAGCAAAUUAAUGUCAAUGCCUGGAAUGGUUUGAAGGCCCUCCACACUCUAAAUUUGGAAAGAAAUAGACUCUCAGUCUUGAAAACAAACAUGUUCAGUCCUUUAAGUAAACUUCGCGUUUUAGACUUGUCGAAAAACUAUGUGACAUACAUCGACAAAGAUGCGUUUAAGGGCUUAUACCAUUUAAGAUACCUUAGCCUGAGAAGCUGCAAAAUAGCUUAUAUAAAAGAAGGAAAAUUUAUGUAUCUGCGCAAUCUCAGAGUGCUUGAUUUAAGGGAAAACAGUUUAUCGGUAAUCCGGGGCAAAUCAUUUCACAAACUGAGAAAACUUCAAACACUUUUAUUGUCUGGGAACAAAAUAUCCUCCAUUCAAAAAUAUGCUCUACAGGGUCUUAGCUCUUUGGAGCAUCUUUCUUUGGCAGAUAACGGUUUUUAUAAAUUAACUAAUUUUACUUUACAAUUUUUAAAAUCUCUUGUCACGUUGGACCUAAGUAAAAACCAAUUGUGGGCUUUUAAUAAAUAUCAGUCACCAAAUCCAUUCUUGUAUCUUAAGCAAUUAAAAUCUUUGGACCUGAGCUACCAAACUCAAACCUUCAGUGACAUUAGUGUUCCAGCAACGUUGUUCAAAGGUCUUCAGUCUCUUCAAAAACUGAAUCUCAGAGGAAACCCGUGCCUAUUUUUCAAAAACAAGUCCUUGACACUUCUUGCAAAUCUAACGGAAUUGGAUAUUUCUGAACUCUACCCAAUGACAGAUCAUUCGGACCUUUUUAAACCAGAGUUAUUUCAAAAUCUCACUCAACUUAGGCACCUUAACGCCGACAAAAAUGAAAUUCGGGAUCUUCCAGAAAACAUAUUUUCGCACGUAACACUGUUGGAAAACUUGUCACUAAAAUACAAUAAACUUCGAAAUAUCAGCAAAAGCAUUUUAGAAAACGUGCCCAAUUUAGUAUAUUGUGAUGUGUAUAUGAAUCCACUUUCUUGCUCCUGUGAAAACUGUUGGUUUCAAAAUUGGUCUGAGUUUAACACAGUGGUGCAAGUUCCCUUUAUUCAGUCGUAUAAUUGCUUUGGCCAGCGAGCUCAAGACAAUAACUUUAUAAACUAUGAUCUCAGUUUUUGUGGCACCGACAUCUCGGUCUACUUCUUCUUUGGAACAUUCUUCACAACGUCGCUAUUCUUGAUCGUAAGUCUUUUGAUUGUUAAGCUGAAGUGGUCGAUACUCUAUGGCUACUAUAUGUUACGAGUCUGGUUCAAGUGGAAAAUUCAAAAGGAAGAACGCGCGUGUAGAUAUGAUGCAUUUAUAUCUUACUCUUCAGAGGAUGAACAAUGGGUCGUAGAAAAUCUACUAUUUCAACUGGAAGAGCAGGGCAAAUAUAGAUAUAAGCUUUGCUUCAAACCUCGAGACUUUGUUCCAGGAUGCUACCAUAUAGAAAACAUUCAGGAAGCCAUCAGCAACAGCCGCAAGACGAUGUGCAUUGUGAGCAGACAUUACCUAACAAGUGAGUGGUGCAGGAUUGAAAUGGAGAUGGCGUGCUCCAGAGUCUUUUUUCAGAAGGAGGAUGUCCUUCUUCUGGUUUUUCUAGAAGAUAUCCCAGACUACAGACUUUCUGCCUAUCACAAGUUAAGAAAGCUAAUAAAGCAAAAUACGUACCUCCACUGGCCUGAGGACCCCCAGGGCGAAGAACUGUUUUGGUUUAAACUUAGUGAAGCCUUAGGCAAGGAGAUGUAUGAAGAGGAUACAAUACAGCUUGGAGUGGCCAGAAGAGCAUUUUAAUUUUAUGAUGUAUUUUCAGUGCACCAGAAAAUCCUCUGAUGUUCAUAUACUGUACUUAUAUCUGUGUGUGUGUGUGUAUCUAUUUAUCUUUCUACCUACCUAUUAACUGUACAAUAUCCGUUUUUUUCCUAUAUUUUUAUUGAUGUGUGU